CCCUACACGUUUUAGAUCUCUGAGAAUGACAGAACCGAAUCCGAAGAAAAGGCGCAGUACCUGCGACACUGGACGAUUUGAGAACUGUAUGAAAGUGCUUGCGAAGUAUGCUUGCGUAGAACAAUCGCUCUUUGACUAUGCAAACUUUGCUAUUUUGAAAAUUAGUGAUUGCAACGCAUCACAAAACUAUUCCUUUACGAGCGCAAAGUGUAACAUUGUAGAAAUAGCAGAAAAUCAUGAAGUUCCUUUGUUAUUAAAGUUUACUGAUAUAUUCAGCAAAGGAAUUCAGUUACUCACUGCUGCAGAGAACAAUACACGUGUACUAGAUGGAAACGAAAAGACGGCAGUUGUGUUACUAGCUAGUUAUUUAGGAGAUAUUGAACAACAUGAAAAAAGUCUCAGAAAAGUGAUAUCUCUAGUAGCUGAAGAAAAAAAAGAAGCGAAAUCUUUUGACAAUCACAUAACUAUUGCUUUGGCAGAUCAUCUUAUAGGAAAACUUGCACCAGGGAACUCCUAUUCAAUUGAUUCACAUUUGAAAACAUCAGGAAAAUGCAGGUGUGCAUUUGAUUACUGUAAACAAGACUCAAACUUUGGUUGUACUGGAAUAGGUAAUGUUAAUGCAUGGCAUGGCUUCGUUGAUGUGUUAUCUGACCCAGGAUCACCAGAAAGUGUCGGUGUUGUUGUAGCAACCUCUGAUGAUGAAGAUGAAACAUAUGAUAUAAAUAGUUCAACUAACAGGAAAGAAGAUGUUAUUGGAUCUGAGGAUCAAGCGGUUGCACAGACAAUUGUAUUUUCAUUUAUUCAGAGAAAAAAACAUCCAACAUUAUGUAGUUUGAUACCAAACAUCUUGAUAUCUUCAACUUAUUUCAGAAUCAUUAUGUAUGAUUCAGUUCAUGACAUUCUGCUCUGCACUGCACCAAUAUCUUUAUUUGCAACCAACGAAAAGAAAAAACUCAUCCCUACAUCAGUUGUUAUUCUGUGGAUGGUGUUGCACCAUAGACAGUUUUGUGAGGGAAUAAAAACAGACACGAUUGAUGAUCUAGACAAUAUUAAGUUACAUUUUAAAGAACAAGCAAAUGAUAAAUAUGAUCUCUAUUUGAAUCUAUCAGAGGUUGGUAUCCCCUCCUUUCCUUCAGUAUCUAAAAAAUGUUACCCCAGCAGUGAUUCUGUCUAUGGCGGUAAACAUAUAACUCAAUGAUAGUACAUUGUAAGUAGUUUUACAUGUUACAAAAGUCUAAUCAACUGUUAUUCUUAGUCAUAAAUAUAUACAUACCGUAAUCGGCCUUGUAUAAUUUGCACUGGUAUAUUGUCCGUACCCCAUUCAGGUAAAAAAACUUUUUGUAACUGUUAGAAAACGUCUAAUGAAACUCUGGUAAUUUCAAAUGUGUGUGAUCGUUUGCAGUAUUUUAAUGGAAAAAAUAGAAAUUUUGAAAAUGCUUGUAAAUGAUUCUAGAACACUUCACGAGUGUUAAAAUAAGUCAAAAUCACAAAAUAAAACCAAUUUAGAAACUUGUGAAUGAUUGAACCGAAAGUUCCAAUAGCACAUGUAAAUGAAAAUAAAUACGGUGAAAAUCUGUACUUAAUAGAUAUCACUAGAAUAUGACUUUGAAAGUAAAACAGUUCCAUCCUUCAGUAAAAUAAUGUUUAACAUAUCUAUCACAUUCAUGUUUGAAGGAUCUUAAGCUAAAACAAAACACAUGCGUCAGUAUGAAACACCAAAAUGAAACGAAUAAUUGAUUACAUUUUGUAGUUUAUACAAUAUUAUACAUAAGCUGGUUCCUGGCUGACUUCUACACUUUUUUUGUUCUGCUAAAUUCAAGCAGUUUCCAGUUUACUUUAUGCAAUGCAGUGAAAAGAAACGAGAAAUUUGUAGUGAAGUAUUUAAUUUUGAAAUUUAUCAGUUUAUAUUUGAUACUAAAUACAAAUUACAUAUUAAUAUGGAUUAGGUAAAAUUAUUAGUUUUGAAAAUGAUAAGAGCGCCCUCUUCAGUUUCGAUAACAAACUUGGCUGAACAUAAACAAAUCUCGCGAAAUUGAUUUUUUUCUCUUAUUUCUUGCUAAUCAGACUCUUUAAUCCGCACCCCUGUCUGGCAGGUUCAAUUUUGGAGAAUAAAACAGCGGACUAUACAAACCUGAAUUCGGUAUAGAAAAGAGUUAUUCUGUAUUAAAAUUAAAUACUUUUGAGAUAAUGUAAUUUUUGUCUCGCCUUGACGGAGUCGAAAAGCGAGACAUAGGUAUGCUGUUUCCGGCGACGGCGUCAACAAUGUAUUAGUUUGUGAUUAGGUCUAGUUCAUGGUGAACCACUAGUGGUAGGUCAAUGACAUUUGGUAUGCAGUUGUAUUAGCAUUGGCACAUCUCAUUACCAUGGAGGUUAUUUGGCCCCGCCCCCUCAGUCAAGGUCUAUUGACUUUGAAACUUUUCAUAGUUAACAUGUAUUAGUUUGUGAUUAGGUCAAUUUAUGGGGAACCACUAGUGGUAGGUCAAUGAUAUUUGGUAUGCAGUUGUAUAAGCAUGGGCAUAUCUCAUUUCCAUGGAGAUUAUUUGGGUGCCCCCCCUUAGUCAUGGUCUAUAGACUUUGAAUAUUUUGCUAAGUUUACAUGUAUUUGUUUGUGAUUAGGUCAGUUCAAGGGGAACCAUUAGUGGUAGGCUAAUGUUAAUUUGUGUUCAGUUGUAUAAGCAUUAGCACAUCUCAUUUCCAUGGAGAAUAUUUGGCCCAGCCCCCUCAGUCAUGGUCUAUUUACUUUGAAACUUUUGCUUAGUUUACAUGUAUUUGUUUGUGAUUAGAUCAGUUUAAGAUGAACUGCUAAUGUUUAGUCAUUGAUAUUUGGUAUGCAAAUUGAUUGACAUUUGCAAGUAUCGUUUCCAUGAAGAUUAUAUAGCCCCACCCCUGAUCAUGGUUCAAUGACUUUGAAACUUUUACAUAGUAUACAAAAUGCAAGUUAAUGUUUGUGUUUAGGUUUGUUUAAAGGGAACGACUUAUAAUAAGUCAAUGGUAUUUGGUAUGCAGUUGUAUUAGCAUUGGCACAUCUCAUUCCAUGGAGAUUGUUUAGCCAUGUACCUUCAGUCAUGGUUCAUCGACUUUGAAUAUUUGCAUUACUUACAUGUUAAAGUAUUGCAAUUUUAAUUAUAACAUUUGCAUUAUCAAUAAUACAAAAAGGCGAGACAUAUCUCUGUGAUAACAGUUUAUUAUCAAUGAGAAUGAUAUUUUUAUAUCAAUAGGGUUUUAUGUGAUUGUGAUUCAAAUUUUCACCCAUGAUUGUUUUAAACUUUGUUUUCAUACUUUUCAUACGUACAGAAUUUCUUUUGCUUUUUGUUGUAUUAUGAUACAUUAUGGUGUUGGUGUCUCCGAUGGGAGAUCUUUCUGAAAAUGCAUGAAAUAUUUGUCACUACUUUAAACAACAACACAGUCAAUCUGCAGGUGCAUAUUAGGCAGCUAAAGAUACAAUGGUUUUUGUGGAUCCUGCCACUUUUGUCGCAGAAAGCUCAACAUAGAGAUAGUAAUCCGGCGGUGGCGGCGGCGUUAACUAACUUCUUAAAAGCUUUAUAUUUCAGAAGGUAGAAGACCUGGAUGCUUCAUACUUUGUAUAUAGAUGCCUUAUGAUAUGAAGUUUCCGUCUGUCAUAUGUCCAUUGUCCUUGACCUCAUUUUCAUGGUUCAGUGACUACUUGAAAAAAAAAAUUCAGAUUUUUUGUAAUGUUAAUUUCUCUCUUAUUAUGUGUAAUAGGAUAACUAUAUUGGGUAUGUGUGUACCUUGCACGGUCCUCAUGCCUGUCAGACAGUUUUCACUUCACCUCGACCUCAUUUCAUGGAUCAGUGAACAAGGUUAAGUUUUCGUGGUCAAGUCCAUAUCUCAGAUACUAUAAGCAAUAGGUCUACUAUAUUUGGUGUAUGUAAUGAUUGUAAGGUGUACAUGUCCAACUGGCAUGUGUCAACUGACCUUGACCUCAUUUUCAUGGUUCAGUAGUAAAAGUUAAGUUUUUGUGUUUUGGUCUGUUUUUCUAAUACUGUAUGCAGUAGGUCAACUAUAUUUGGUGUAUGGAAACAUUUUACGAUGAACAUGUCAGUCUGGUAGGUUUUAUUUGACCUUGACCUCAUUUUCAUGGUUCAUUGCUCAAUGUUAAGUUUUUGUCGAGCCUGCGACUUUUGUCGCAGAAAGCUCGACAUAGGGAUAGUGAUCCGGCGGCGGCGGCGGCGGCGGCGGCGUAAGCUAACUUCUUAAAAGCUUUAUAUUUUAGAAGGUGGAAGGUCUGGAUGCUUCAUACUUUGUAUAUGGAUGCCUCAUGUUACGAAGUUUCCGUCAGUCACAUGUCCAAUGUCCUUGACCUCAUUUUCAUGGUUCAGUGACUACUUGAAAAAAAAGUUCAGAUUUUUUGUAAUGUUAGAUUCUCUCUUAUUAUAAGUAAUAGGAUAACUAUAUUUGGUAUGUGCGUACCUUGCAAGGUCCUCAUGCCCGUCAGACAGUUUUCACUUGACCUCGACCUCAUUUCAUGGAUCAGUGAACAAGGUUAAGUUUUGGUGGUCAAGUCCAUAUCUCAGAUACUAUAAGCAAUAGGUCUAGUAUAUUCGGUGUAUGGAAGGACUGUAAGGUGUACAUGUCCAACUGACAGGUGUCAUCUGACCUUGACCUCAUUUUCAUGGUUCAGUGGUUAUAGUUAAGUUUUUGUGUUUUAGUCUGUUUUUCUUAUACUGUAUGCCAUAGGUCUACUAUAUUUGGUGUAUGGAAUGAUUGUAAGGUGUACAUGUCUAGCGGGCAGGUGUCAUCUGACCUUGACCUCAUUUUCAUGGUUCAGUGGUCAAAGUUAAGUUUUUGAGUUUUGGUCUUUUUUUCUAAUACUAUAUGCAAUAGUUCAACUAUAUUUGGUAUGUGCGUACCUUGCAAGGUCCUCAUGCCUGUCACACAGUUUUCACUUGACCUCGACCUCAUUUCAUGGAUCAAUGAACAAGGUUAAGUUUUGGUGGUCAAGUCCAUAUCUCAGAUACUAUAAGCAAUAGGUCUAGUAUAUUCGGUGUAUGGAAGGACUGUAAGGUGUACAUGUCCAACUGGCAGGUGUCAUCUGACCUUGACCUCAUUUUCAUGGUUCAGUGGUUAUAGUUAAAUUUUUGUGUUUUGGUCUGUUUUUCUUAUACUGUAUGCCAUAGGUCUACUAUAUUUGGUGUAUGGAAUGAUUGUAAGGUGUACAUGUCUAGCGGGUAGGUGUCUUCUGACCUUGACCUCAUUUUCAUGGUUCAGUGGUCAAAGUUAAGUUUUUGAGUUUUGGUCUUUUUUUCUAAUACUAUAUGCAAUAGGUCAUCUAUAUUUGGUGUAUGGAAAUAUUUUAUGAUGUACCUGUCAGUCUUGCAGGUUUUAUUUGACCUUGACCUCAUUUACACGGUUCAUUGCUCAGUGUUAAGUUUUGGUGUUUUGGUCUGUUUUUCCAAUACUAUAAGCAAUAGGUCAACUAUAUUUGUUGUAUGGAAGGAUUGCAAGCUGUAGAACAUGUCUGCCUGGCAUUGUUCAUCUGACCUUGACCUCAUUUUCUUGGUUCAUUGGUCAAUGUUUAGUUUUCUUGGUUAAGUCUGUAUCUUAGAAACUAUAAACAAUAGGUCAACUAUAUUUAGUGUAUUGAAUGAUUGUAAGGUGUACAUGUAUUUCUUGUUUGGUUUAUAUGACCUUGACCUCAUUUUCUUGGAUCAUGUUAAGUGUAUGUGAUAGUUGUAGUAAAGCUUUAUAUUUAGGACUAUCAACAUAAUAUCAAUGAUUAGUAAAGAAGGCGAGACAUUUCAGCGUGUGCACUCUUGUUGUGUUUUGGUCUGUUUUUUAAUACUGUAUGCAGUAGGUCAACUAUAUUUGGUGUAUGGAAAUAUUUUACGAUGUACAUGUCAGUCUGGCAGGUUUUAUUUGACCUUGACCUCAUUUUCAGUUCAUCGCUCAAUGUUUUUGUGAUUUGGUCUGUUUUUCUAACACUAUGCAGUAGGUCAACUAUAUUUGGUGUAUGAAAAUAUUUUACGAUGUACAUGUCAGUCUGGCAGGUUUUACUUGACCUUGACCUCAUUUUCCAGAUUCAUUGCUCAAUGUGAAGUUUUUGUGUUUUGGGCUGUUUUUCUUAAACUUUAAGCAAUUAACAACUAUAUUUGGUGUAUGGAAUGAUUGUAAGGUGUAUAGGUCUGUCAUCUGACCUUCACCUCAUUUUCAUGGUUUAUUGUUCAAUGUUCAGUUUUCCUGGUUACAUUUGUUUCACAGAUACUCUAAGCAAUAGGUCAACUAUAUUUGAUGCAUGGAAUGAUUUUAAGGUGUACAUGUCUGUCUGAUAAGGUUCAUCUGACCUUGACCUCAUUUUCAUGGUUCAUUGGUCAAUAUAAAAUUUCCACGGUUUGGUCUGUUUCUUUUAUACUAUAAGCAAUAGGUCAUCUAUAUUCGGUGUAUGGAAUGAUUGUAUUAAAGGUGUACAUGUAUUUCUGGCUUGGUUUAUCUGACCUUGACCUCAUUUUCUUAGGUCAUAAAUGUAACGUGAUACUUGUAGUUAAACUUUAUAUUUAGGACUUGCAACAUAAAAUCAAUGGUCAGUAUAGCAGACGAGACAUUUCAGCAUGUGCACACUUGUUAUAGUUUGUUCUUAUGUCCCAGGUUAGGGGGAGGGUUUGGCACCACCAAACAUGUUUAACCCCUAUAUGUGCCUGUCCCAACUCAGGAGCCUGUAAUUGAGUGGUUGUCAAUUAGUGUUGUUUCUCAUUUGUUUUUUGUGUUUGUUUUUCUGUUGUACUGUUACACCACUGUCCCAGGUUAGGGGAGGGUUGGCGCCAUCAAACAUGUUUAACCCCACCACCUGCUGUGUGUGUCUGUCCCAGUCAGGAGCCUGUAAUUCAGUGGUUGCUGUUUGUUUUGUACAUAAAUCAGCCAUUAGUUUUCUUGUUUGAAUUGUUUUACAUUUGUCAUUUUGGGGCUUUUAUCGCUUACUAUGCGGCAUGGGUUUUGCUCAUUGUUGAAGGCCGUUCAGUGACCUAUAGUUGUUAACUUCUAUGUCAUUUGGUCUUUGGUGGAGAGUUGUCUCAAUGGCAAUCAUUCCACAUCUUCUUAUUUUUAUAUAUACACACCAGUGAAUUUUGUAACUUAACGGCAUAUACCAAAUUACGGAUAGUCAUUGAAUGAAUUCUGGUUCCUUGUGAGCAAAGGAAAGAUAGGUGCCCUGUUAAACAUCAAAUCCAGUUUAAACUGGUCCAUGUGAUCCAGUGAGAGAUAUUUUAUGAAAUUGUGCAGGUCACUGUUUAAACAUUGCAGCAAACGAGCAAAUUUAUAUUACAUCAAUUAAAUAAGUUAGGAAGAUGGUGCAAUAGAGGCAGCCUUUGGAUUUACGAAAAGUGUUUUUUCCUUGUUAUAAUCGGUACAAUGACACUGCUAUGCAACCAGCCAGUAGGUCUUACAGUUUCAUGUUGUUCUUGCCCCAAGUUGAUUUGGCACAAAUCGUACCAGUUAGUAGAUCGGGCCCCUAUUUUAAGUUGAUUCAAACCCAUGUGAAAAAUACUAAAUUGUAACAAGGGAUAAUGAUAUAUAGUUGACUUGUAGUAAAUAAAGGUUCAUGCAUUUUAUGAAUAAAAGCAAUGGUGGACGAUAAAAAAUUGUGUCUUUGACGCAUGUUGAAAUACAUGUAUAUUAUUUUCAUAAAAUGAGAUAGUUAUUCAAAUACUUUUAAAGAUUUCUAAUUAGAAUUUUCCUAUAACACAUAUUGUAAUAUACUAUGUUUAUAUACCUAUGUCAAAGUUUCAUUAAAUUCCAACAAGUUUUGUCAAAGUUGUUCAAUGUAAUAAAAUGUAUAAAAAUAUCAAAUUACUGUGUACAUUCAUUUAGUGUAAUAUGUAAAGAUUUAAAUGUAUAGCUAUACAGCAUAAUGUGUUUAAAAGAUAUGAGAUUUAUGUGUAUACUAUGGUCAUUUGAUGUAAUGUUUUAAGUUAUGAAAGCAGUGAAUAAGCAUAGCUAUUGAGUUUUUGUCGCAAAAGCGAGACAUAGCAAUCAUACAUUUCGUCGUUGUCAUCGACUGCGUCCACAAAUAUUCACUCUGUGGUUAAAGUUUUUGAAAUUUUAAUAACUUUCUUCCUGGAUUUCUACCAAACUUGGACAGAAGCUUGUUUAUGAUCAUAAGAUAGUAUUCAGAAGUAAAUUUUGUAAAAAAAAAUCCUGUUUUUCCGUAUUUUACUUAUAAAUGGACUUAGUUUUUCUGCCAGUUAACAUUUAUUAAUACAUUCACUCUGUGGUUAAAGUUUUUAAAAUUUUGAUAACUUUCUUAAAAUAUCCCGGAUUUCUACCAAACAUGGACAGAAGCUUGUUUAUGAUCAUAAGAUAGUAUCCAGAAGUAAAUUUUGUAAAAUAAAAAUCCUAUUUAUCUGUAUUUUACUUAUAAAUGGACUUAGUUUUUCUGCCAGUUAACAUUACAUUCACUCUGUGGUUAAAGUUUUUAAAAUUUUAAUAACUUUUUUAAACUAUCCUGGAUUUGUACCAAACUUGGACAGAAGCUUGUUUAUGAUCAUAAGAUAGUAUCCAGAAGUAAAUUUUGUAAAAAAAAAUCCAGUUUUUCCGUAUUUUACUUAUAAAUGGACUUAGUUUUUCUUCCAGUUAACAUUACAUUCACUCUGUGGUUAUAAUAAUAAUUUUCUUAAACUAUCCUGGAUUUGUACCAAACUUGGACAGAAGCAUGUUUAUGAUCAAAAGCUAGUAUCUAGAAAGAACUUUUGUAGAAAUUUAUUUCCUGUUUUUCCGUAUAUAACUUAUAAAUGGACUUAGUUUUUCUUCCAGUUAACAUUACAUACAGUCUGCAGUUAAAGUUUUUAAAACAUUUAUUAGAUUCAUAAACCAUUCUGGAUUUUUAUCAAACUUGGACAGAAGCUUCUUACAAUCAAAAGAUAGUAUCUAUAGAAAAAUUUUUAAUAAUUUUUUCCCCAUUUUUGUUGAGCCUGUGACUAGCAGCAAAAGUAGGCGAGACACUUGGUUCCGUGGAACCCUUACAAAUUUUUCAUUUAAAUCUUCUUUCACAAUCAAUACACAAAAUGGAUUACAGUUAGUUCUCAAGUAAAUAAAGUAUUAUUAACUAAA